AGGAAUCAUCAUCAACAACUCUGGGUGGCAAGAUCAGAGAAGAAGAUAGGUGCAAUUCGCGUGCACGUCGCCAUCUUAAGGCAGCUGCGUUCGAACCGAAGGAACUCAAACUGCGGCCAUGCGAGGCUACGCGGGCAUGGUUAUAACGAUGUUUGUCGCGCUCUUCUCUGUACUGUACAUGGUUCCCCUAGUGCGCACCGUAGCGCACCUGGUAUCACUCACCAUUGUCGUGGUAAUCGCCUCGCACUACUUGGCCGUCUGGCUGCUCAAGAUAUUCGCCUACAAGCUGGUCCCGCCCAAGGGCAAGGUCGUCGUCAUCACGCGGUGCGACAGCGGCUACGGCAACAGACUCGCUCUGGAGCUCGAUCGACGAGGCUUCACGGUGGUGGCCGGCUGCGUCAGCACAGGGAGCCCCGGCACACAGCAGCUCAAGCUGCAGGGCUCGUCCAACAUCCACGUGGUCGAUACGGACGUCACGCAGACCGAGUCGCUGGCCGAGUUCGAGAAGCACGUGCGAGCGCUUUGCAAGGACGACAACCACCUGUGGGCCGUCAUCAUCAACCUGAGCGUGGUGUCCCUCGGCGAGCUGGAGUGGUACGACGACGACGACAUGCGCUGGACCUACGAGGUGAACGUACUCAGCGUCGCGCGCGUGGCCAGGAUUUUCCUGCCGCUGCUGCGCCAGUCACCAUACUGCGGCCGGCGAUUCGUCAUCGUGAACAGCGUCUGGAGCCGCAUAGCAGUGCCGGGUACAGGGCCGUACUGCAUGAGCAAGUACGCACUACGCUGCUUCACCGAGGUUCUGCGCCGCGAGCUGCUCAAGUUCGGCAUCUACGUGGUCGGCAUCGAGCCGAACCUGUACCGGCUGCGGCAGACGGAACCCAACUCGCUUUUAAAGUCGUACAAGUACAUGUGGGAGAAACUACCCGAUGAGACCAAGGACCUCUACUCCAGGAGUUACGGUGAUGAGAUGGAGGCCAACAUCCGGAACAUAAUAGUGAACGAGCCGGACCCCGUCGUACGAGAAGUGGCCAAGAAAAUGCUCGACUCCGUACAGACGGCGCAUCCAAACAGGCUCUACCAGCCGGACCUGUUGAUCCGCAAAAUCCUGUACGCCGGUUUCCGUAUGCUGCCCGACGAGAUCACGGAUUUCUGGCUUACAGAGAUAUCCGGACUUAUGAAAGCUUGAUUAUUAAAGAAACGUACUGCGGUAUAA